GUCCUAUCGUGAGCUUCAUUCGAACCGCCAGCCUUCUGGCCUUUUGGCUUUUUGGCUUUCUGCCACUCCGACGUCAGCUUCUCCCUUUUUUGUUCGCCGCCUUCGAUGGAUGUGGACUUGGACGCGGAUGUAGACGGGGACCAUGACUAUCAUGGCGAUCCCUUCACCACCGACGCCAUUUUCUCCGAAAGCAGGGCAGCCGGCGAGCAAGAUCUACUAAGUCGUCGCAUUGCAAAGCUUAUUGCCUCUCGCACUGCGCCUGCUGAGCAUUAUCUUCGCCCACGGCCGAAUGAUAUCAUUCCCGACUGUCCGGGCUCUUCUGCUCUAUACCAGCACCAGCCUCGUCGUCGCUCGCAAAUUCAUCCCUCUUGGCGGCCCCGAUUCACAGACGACACCGAGUCUUUGACCAGCUCAUUUCGCCCGUCUUCAAGCAUCAUCACAAACAGUCUAUCCAGGUCCCGGUCUGUUAGCCAGGCCUUGGCUUCACAGUCUAGACCAGGCAUACGCUGUGAUGAGAGCCCGCAUUUCAAGUCGACGCUGAGCCUGCGCACCACACAACAACAAUUAUCAUUACUCCACCCAGACCAGCCGAGACUUGAUAGUUCCACGUCUGGUAUUGUGACCCACUGGGGCUUCAUCCUACUCUAGCUCUCGCUCUAGCAUCGCCAUCUCCAUCUUCUCUCACCACAGUUAUUUGGGCUCUACCCCUAGGCGUCAAUUUGACAGCUACUGACA